AUGGGAAUAUUUUGCAGUUGUUCUAAACUUCAAGAAAAUAGUACAUUUUGCAAGUUUUGCCGAACUCAAUUUCAGGGGUUACGAUCGCAAGGAUCCACAUUUAAUCAACACAAAUCGCAUAAAAACAAAAACCUUCAUCAGCUUAGUGAAAAUAAUUGCACUAAUGAUUCAGUAGUUAGUGAUGACACCAAAGGAAACUGUCAAACAUCUUUAAGUACAUUUUGCUCUGAUACUGCUUUGGCGGAUACAAAUGGUUUUUCUGAUCAAAAUGAUGUUAUUGAUCAACCAGCUGAUUCUGUACCUGUUGAAAAUCCAGAAUGUAAAAGUGAUGCAGAAGUUGGAGUCUCAUGUAAAUAUUCUAUUGAUGACUUUGAACUAAUGAAGAUUAUUGGUAGUGGUACUUAUGCCACGGUGUUAAUGGUUCAACAUAAAAGAAGCCAAUGCAUCUAUGCUAUGAAAGUUAUAGAAAAAGAAUGUGCCGCUAAGAAUUCAGAUAUUAACUGGAUUCAUAACGAAAAAAAUGUUUUUAUAACUGUCGCUGACUGCCCAUUUUUUGUUGCUCUCCAUUGUUGCUUCCAAACAACCAGCCGAUUAUUCUUUGUGAUGGAAUUUGUUCGUGGAGGUGACUUGUUGUAUUUUAUGAGAAGAAAAAGAAGAUUGCCCGAAGAUCAUGUCAGAUUUUAUGCAGCAGAAAUUAGUUUAGCUUUGAACUUUUUACAUACUAAAGGUAUAAUAUAUCUAGAUUUAAAAUUAGAAAAUGUACUACUUGAUCAUGAGGGUCAUAUAAAAUUGGCAGAUUAUGGAUUGUGUAAAAAGCUAAAAUGGCCUGGAGAAAAAAUUGAUUUAUUUUGCGGAACUCCAAGUUACAUGGCUCCAGAAAUUAUAAGAUCAGAACCAUAUGGAUUUAGUGUGGAUUGGUGGGCUUUAGGAAUUAUUUUGUACGAAAUGUUGGUUGGCAAAUGUCCAUUUGAUAUUAAAGACGUACCACCUAAUGAAUAUUACAAUAACAUUACAUACCAAAAGAUUUUAAACAACACACUUAAUAUUCCAGAAUACGUUUCUGGAGAAGCAGCUUGGGUUUUAUAUGGACUUUUAAAUAAAAAUGCUGUUGACCGUUUGGGUUGCUUAAGUGAUAUUAAAGAUCGCCUAUUUUUUAAAUCUAUUGAUUGGAAAAUGUUAGAACAAAAAAAAAUAAGGCCUUAUUUCAUACCGCGAUUGAUAUCAGAUCGCGACCUUCAACAUUUUGACCCAGAGUUUACUAAUAAAAUAAUAGAUCUUAAACCUGAUGAUCAUUAUGGGCAAUUGAGCGGACAUGGAUUUAUUAAUUUUAUAACAAUGGGCUUUAAUGGUAAAUAUACUGUAUUGUUAGUAGAAAAAAGUAUAUAUUCAAAUGUUGUUCAUAAAAAUUCAUCUGUAAUGGCCGACAAUGGAUUUAAAAGUAUUGAUGUGUUGUUACACAAAAUUAAUUACUUGGUUAUGCUCAUAAAUUCUGAUAAAUCUACAAUGUUGAAGAAUCGAACGGCUGCUGCUUCUCGCCAAAUACCAUUACCAACUGCCUACGCAUCAACUUUUACUUCCAAUUAUUUGCUUGAUACCAACACAGUAGACAUGCAGUCCACAGCUUUAGCUAUUCCAAAAAACAAGAAGCUAAGACAAAAAAUAAUGAAGAUAAAAAAAAAUAUGACUUGCAGAAGUCCGGUCCUGAUGACAUCGGCUUCAAAUAUGACACUAGAACCAAGAAAAGUAUCAAUUAAUACUACGAAUAUAAUUGCAAGGGAAGAGCACAAUAUGAAUUUGAAAAUAUUCAAAGAAAAAUGA